AUGCAAGCUGUAAGAUCUCUACUAUAUAAAGUGCAUCCGCAUUCUAAGGUACCUGUGGAUCCUAAGACGAAAGGCUAUACUCUCGAGAAGCAAGAAUGGCUGGAGGCUGAUGUCUGGGAGGUGUGGAGAGUCAACCCCACCAAUACGACGGGUAGCAGUCUCUGCAAGAUCGGCGUUGAUUCUCAGGACCAAAGGCUCUGCGUGUUUAAUGCCAGCAACACUUCGGAUAAGUUCCCGGAAGAUGCGAAGCUGAAGUUGCGUGACAUUUUGAUGGGAAUAUGGGUAGAGGGGUCAGGGAAACAGCCGGAAGAUUUGCGCAGCAUUCUUUAUCAAAAUGCUUCGAGAGAAGAUGUGAAGCGAAUAUCUGCUGAGGUACACAGCCUGAUGAAGCAGCCGGAUAAGACCGUGCCUCUAUUGGUCAAGGCAGAAGGUAAUACCAUCGAGGAGAAAGCCGCAUUCAAUAGACUAAAAGAUGACAACCCUUUUGGUAGCGGAGUGCAGAAGAUGCUGCAUGAAUAUAAAGGGAUGAAGGGUAAGACGAUCAAAGAAUUUGUUUUGGCGCAGCCAGAACACCAGAACCUGCAGAUGGAGAUAAGGAUAGGCAGUGUUUGA